AUGAGGAAAUACUACUGCCAACGACUUUCCCAAUCCCUCUCACGUCACCAAUCUCGUUUAUUAGGGUUUCGAAGCUUCAAUUUGAUUGAAUCUCAUCCCCCACAAUGUACCAAUUUGCAUACCAUCCGAGGAUUCUGCGCUUCUCCACAACAAUCAAAUUCAAACCCUUCAACGCCGUCCAGUCGCGUCUCGGACAUCGUUAACGAGCUAAUGAAUUUAACGUUGCUCGAAUCCGCAGACUUGACUGAGGUUAUGAGGAAGAAAAUGGGUAUAAAUGAGAUGCCGGUUAUGGCGGUGAUGAUGCCCGGCAUGGGGCUGAAGACCGGAAUGAAAGGAGGCGCCGGCGGUUCGGUGAAAGGUGGGGAAGAGAAGGCGGCGGAGAAGACAGCGUUUGAUUUGAAACUUGAAGGUGGAUUUGACGCUGGGUCGAAGAUUAAGAUCAUUAAGGAAGUGAGAACAUUUACUGAUCUGGGUUUGAAGGAGGCUAAAGAAUUAGUGGAGAAAGCUCCUACCUUGUUGAAGAAAGGGUCAUUAUGGAAUGAGGUAACUUUGGAGAUCAUGGCAGAGUUUCUUAACCUCAUACGCAUACUUAUGUUCUUUGUAGAAGUAUUUGAAAUUCCAUUACCAAAAGUGGAUCCGUAUAGACGGGAUCUUGUAUGCUCUUCAAACAAACAGUCGACGGAUUGGCGAUGGGAGAACGCCACCGCGGGAUCCGUUGCCGGUCUUGCUACCGUCACGUUUUCUCAUCCGCUCGAUGUUGUCCGGACUAGAUUCCAAGUUAAUGAUGGUCGGAACCCUAACCUUCCGACCUACAAGCACACUCCUCAUGCUCUCUUCACCAUUGGUCGAUCAGAGGGUCUCAGAGGGCUCUAUUCUGGCUUUUGCCCUGCAGUGCUAGGCUCAACUAUCUCAUGGGGUCUAUACUUCUUUUUCUAUAACAGAGCCAAACAAAGGUACCUGAAAAAUCAACAGGAAACAACUGUCCAUAUUCAUCUUGCAUCAGCUGCUGAAGCUGGAGGAUUGGUGUGUCUUUUCACGAAUCCUAUCUGGCUGGUGAAAACACGAUUACAACUUCAAACUCCUCAAAACACUCGCGCAUAUACUGGCUUUGCUGAUGCUUUGAAAACGAUACUGAAAGAUGAAGGAUGGAGGGCGUUAUACAAAGGGCUUUUACCGGGUCUUUUUCUGGUGACGCAUGGUGCCAUUCAGUUUACAGCAUAUGAGGAGCUUCGUAAGCUUUUGGUUGAUCGAAGGGAUAGACAAAUGGCUUCCAUUACUACUGCUGCUGAUUUAUUAGCAAGUUUUCGUAAGAAAUUGCGUGACUUAAGGGAUAAACAAAGAGGCUUGAGUUCUUACACUCCUGAGUCAUUGACGACAGUUGAUUACGCAGUUUUAGGAGCUUCCUCGAAACUGGCUGCCAGCCUGGCAACAUAUCCGUUUCAGGUCAUUCGCUCUCGCUUGCAGCAACGGCCCAUGGAUGGGGUUCCAAGAUACAUGGACAGCUGGCAUGCCGUGAAGCAAACUGCUCGGUUAGAAGGCGUACGAGGUUUUUACAGAGGUAUAACAGCAAACCUUUUGAAAAACCUGCCUGCAGCUUCAAUAACUUUCAUUGUGUAUGAAAACGUUCUGCAUCUGCUAAAACUUGCAAAGACAACAAGCGAAAGGGCAAACAACUGACUGACACACAUGUAUUUAUUUUAUGGUACUACUUUUGGGAUAAAAACAACAAUUCAUUCAAUGCGCUUUGCUUUCUUUAUCAUUUUUUUUUUUUUAGUUUUCAAGGAAUGUACAUGUAGGCAAAUGUAGUUGGAUAUCGCUGUUAUUGUCUGUCAAUCUUGAGGUCAAGAACAAACUUCUUUGAAUCAUUCAUUCAUUAUUAGCAUUCAAAAAUAGAAGGAAGGGGGGCAAACAACAUAA